CUUUGCAUAAUGACCCGACAAAACAAAGAAGUGCCUGUUUGCUUGUGCACUGACCACUGUGCGAGUUUUGCAAGGGAAAUGUGACCCUCCGGUUCGGCAUGCAAACUCACGGUUUAGAAUCUAAACUUUAGAUGUACAUUUUCAUGUGGACAUCGUCGUGGAGAAUCAGUCAGAGAAUAUAGGGUUCAUUCUUUGACGGUUCAGUAGGACGUGCGCCGCUGUUUGCCGCGACCGUGGCUAUAGGUGUUACAGCAAGAAACAGUGUUAACCACAUCCAAGGUUUUUGUUGUUGUUGUAGCCGACACAAACACUAUGGAGUUGAAGAUUUGGGCGGCUCUGAGCUUCCUGGUCAUUCUUCUUUGGAGUCCUACUUGCCCAGCAAAAAAUCAACAACCAUCAUGUGAAAGCAUGGAUUGUCUGAAUAAGGAUAAGAAUAUUUUGAUAGUUGACGCUGGCUUCACAGGUACCCUGAACAAAUGUUGUGGAAACGCAUCUAAGACCAACAAAGCCAUACCUCAAACRACGUGCAGUGUUUCAUUCAACACUAGUGGUAUUAGCUUUCAGAAAAACUGCAAGGCUGUGGACUUUUGGAUGCAGAAAGUAAAUACAUCUUAUCUCCUGUACACGACGAAGAAGUACGCGAAGAAGGAAAAUGAAUUGUCUGUGUGUGUGAUGGUUGGAUGGAAUUGCAGCGAGACACUGGACUCACUCAGGACUAACAUUACAGCUUCAAAAAGGAAAUGGCCUUCCAUCGAGUCUCAGAAAACCAACUGCAGUGUCUCCUGUUUCAGCACCUCUGAACGUUGCAGUACAUUUGCAUAUAAUGAAGAGGCCUGCAAAAACUUCAAAAACCAAGAUAAGCUCAUCAUCAACGUAACAGCACCAGGGACACUCUGUUUCAACUGUAAUGAACCAUUCAAAGACCCUGCGGAAAAGUUGCCUCCUCCAGCGAUCUUUAACACUGGAAAUGGAGUUCACAUCGAUGGUGAAAAGGCUUCGAAGGCUAUGAAAGAUAUCGCCUCUCUGGUUAAUAUGAUGAAUGAGUCCUCAGCUUCUGUGACGAUGGGCUCGGUCACUGGGGUCAUAGUGAAGCCCAAAGAGAGGACCGACGUCGAGGAAGUCUCCUUUGGGUACUCUUCCAACUCCGGCAUUAAGAUUGUGGAAGAUCGGAAGUCUCUGGGUGGCUUCUCAAGGUCUGUAACAGUCACAAAGGAAGCAUUUGAAAAGGCCUACAACUUAAGCAACGGAACUGCAUUUGCCGGUGUUUUCCGAUUCCCCAACAUGUCCACGGAUGUAAACAACAGCACAGUUCUGCAUAACGAAGUGGUAGCGAUCGAGAUGGGCAGUAUCAUUGCCAAUUUAACCGACAACAUAAAUCUUAAUUUUCUAAACGUCCAGAAGUGGGGAGCCAUUCCAUCGUGCCAGUCAUGGAACGGUGAAGGGAGUCAACCCAACUGGACAGACUACGGCUGUUUGACCAUUGUGAAAGGGGACAACAUAACCUGCCAAUGUACACACCUGACUUUCUUUGCUGUGCUAAUGUCCCCUCCGAACCAGACUAUCUCAGACGGUGAUAUGAACUCUCUCACCUACAUCACCUAUGUGGGGUGUGGCGUGUCCAUGUUCUUCCUGGGCGUGGUUCUCUUCAUGCACUUCCUGAUAAAGAAGGCGAAGUCAAGCAAUACCACCCAGAUCCUGAUCCAGCUGUUUCUGUCCAUGUUCAUGCUCAACAUCACCUUCUUGACCAACGGGUGGGUGGCCAGUCUGCGGAGCCCAGUGGGCUGCCAGGUGAUGGCUGCGACCAUGCAUUACUCUAUGCUGGCCACCUUCACCUGGUUCGCCGUGGAGGCCUUCCACCUCUGUCAGCAGCUCUACAAGGCAGGCUCCGCCCCCAUACCGCGCUACGUCAUGAAAGUGUGCAUCGCCGGGUGGGUGCUGCCCAGCACGGUCGUGAUCAUCCUCUUCAGUCUGGGGAAAUACGGAAAACAGAUCAUCUACACUGACGGGGGAAAGAGGUGUACAUGUGCUGGAUCCUGGACAUUGACGUGCACUACAUAGUAAACAUUGGCUACUAUGCGCUGGUCUUCCUCUUCACGUUCACCACCUUCAUCGUGGUUCUGAGCUGGCUGGUCCACCUUAAGAGCACCAAGAGCAAGACCAAGUCGGGCAUGGACCAGGCCCAGCAGCAGGGGACAGACACCAAGGACAUAGUGACUGUGAUGGGGCUGUGCUGUCUGCUGGGAAUCACCUGGAGUUUUGCCUUCUUCGCCCACGGCGUCCUCAAGGUUCCCUCCUUCUACAUCUUCACCAUCCUCAACUCAUUCCAAGGUUUCUUUCUGUUUCUCUACUACUACAACACCAGUAGAGUAAUUGGGGAGACCACCAAGGACAACGGAACCAGUAGCAAAAGCUCCACAAUGUCCGUCACAGUCAACACCACCUUGGAGAACCCUUACUUUGACCUAGGUCAACACCACCCUGGAGAACCCUUACCAAUCAAAACUAAUCCCCAAUCCUAGACAGUGAAGGCUGGUGAGAGGAGGACGGCUCGUAAUAAGGGCCAGAAUGGAGAAAAUAUGUGUUUGAUACCAUAAAAAAAWAUAUAUUUGUUGCAGCUGUAAAUGAGCCCGUACUCUGAUGUAAAGUGCCACCAGCUAUCAUUGGCAGUGAUCCUGGAAGUCAGAGAAAUUAUACUCUUAACAGAAUUAUAGUUCUCAGAAAAAGAAAAUAAAAAGUUAUCUGAGCGUAUGGACAUUAUGCAGCUUUUAACUUGUAUUGUAGAAUAGACCUUGGUGACUGUACACCACAUAACCUGGUAAUCCAUAGAUUUUUUCCCCAGAAUUUGGUAAAUAUGUAUAUAUUUUUUAUGUUUUAAAAAGAGAUGAAUCACAAUUUUUUGCUUUCUUAAAUCUAAAUAAAUCUGUGAACUAUGAUUAUAUUACAUGGAGCUUAAAUAAAAUGAAAUGUAUGUGUUUGCAUUUA